CCAGAUCUGUAAUAUUUAUAUAGUUUUUUCAAAAUUAACAUAAACGGCCGUAGAGGCCAAUGCAAAAUUAGGGGUAAUUUAUGCGACUACGGCAAACGUGGUCACGUGACCCUCCCCGGCGUCGGCGCGGGAACCGUUUGAUCGCCGUUGGUGGUCCCCGCGCGCUGGGCGUCGGGGAGAGCGCGAGGUGAUUCGGUCGCAAAUUGAAACGGCAAACUAAAAAUGCGGAGGGGAAAAAAAAUGAAAUUACACAAACGCGCAUCGCUCCCCCACCCCCCCCCCCCCCCAAUUUUUUUGUUUACGGAAGAAGAAGAAAAAAACUUCCACACACUCAAAGAAUUCUUAAAGUAUAGGGAACGAAAAAAAUAAUAAUGAAUGCCGCCGGGGUGGCCACCCACAUAGCGGGCUGAGGGGGAACGACGCCAUUUCCCAUUGUCCCGUCCGCGAAAGGCCGCGCUCCGUGAAGUUGUAUUCCUCCUCCUCCCACCUCCUUUUAAAACUUGUGAAUCGAUAAACUACCAACCUCUACGUAUGUCCUGAUCGACUACUCUCUGUAUCGACGAGGGGUCCGGGAGCUGGUGGAGAAGACGAGGUAGGGUCGAGCUGUGAGCUGUCACAGGACUCGGCCGGCCAAAGCAGCAUGAACAGCAGCAGCGAUGGCAACACCAGCGUGGCCGGGAACAUCACUCUGGAUGUGGAGGAGGGCUGGCUGGUGGUGCUGGAGACGUCCUCUCUGGCGGCGCUCGCCACGCUGGUGUGCGUGGGAAACCUGCUGGUCACCGUCACGCUCUACCGCAAGCCGUACCUCAUGACACCAAGCAACCGGCUCGUUAUGAGCCUCGCCGCCUCCAACCUGCUGCUGUCGCUGCUGGUGCUGCCAAUGGCGGCGGUGUGCGCUGCGCGCCGCGCCUGGGUCUUCGGCGUAGUGUGGUGCCACCUGACGGCACUGCUGCACAUGCUUGUCAGCUCGGCCAGUGCACUCACGCUCGGAGCUAUCGCCCUCGACAGGUACUAUGCAGUGCUGUACCCGAUGCUCUACCCAAUGAAGAUAACGGGGAACCGAGUGGCGUUUCUCAUCGCGUACAUGUGGCUGCACGCACUGAUCGGCUCGGCACCUCCACUCUUCGGCUGGCCGGGAUUCGAGUUCUCCAUCCACAAGCGCAUGUGCACUCCGGCAUGGUACCGGGGUCUUGGUUACGCCAUCUUCUGGCAGCUGUGGUGCAUGGUGCCACCCUUUGCCACCAUGCUCAUCUGCUACGGCAUCAUCUUCCGCGUCGCCCGGCGCAAGGCCCGCAGGGUCAGCUGUGGGGUAAUCGCAGUAGAGACGGAGCAGCUUUCUCCGGACACGAACCAGGACUCGAACCUGGAAGCGGUGGAGGCGGUGCAGAAUGGCACCGUCGCGGCCGCCACCGCUAUCAAUAAACGGAGACGCAACACGACGGUCAGCCUGCCUUACUCGGGGAACCCCUGCAAGGCGCUGACGACGAUUGUGAUGGUGGUGGGCUCCUACGCACUGACCUGGCUGCCCUACCUUGUGGUGGUGAUGAUGGAGGCGGCAGGCGGCUCGGGCGCUGUGUCCGCCCGGGCGGAAGCGUUGGCGAUGUGGCUGGCGCUGAGUAGCGCGCUGUGCCACCCGCUUAUCUAUGGGCUGUGGAAUAAGACGGUGCGCAAGGAGCUGAUCGCCAUGAUCUGCUGUGGCUGCUACUGCUGCGGUGGGGAGCGCUACCGCAGGGACUCAUUCUUUCAGCGUCGGAGAACAUCGCGCCUCUUCAGCAUUUCCAACCGCAUCACAGACCUUGGCCUGUCGCCACACCUCACGUCUCUACUGGCAGGCGGGCGGCUUCCCAACCACGGCAGCAGCAGUGGAGACACGGGAUACAGCUUUUCACAGGACUCUGGCACGGACGUGAUGCUGCUAGAGGAGUCUGAGAGUUUGCAGAGCGGCCGCUUCUACGGUCGGCGCCACAGCUCCGUGCCAAUGGAUGAGCUCCCGCUGAUCUCCACUCUGCGGGAGCAGUCCCGGCACGAGCCCGUGGAGGUGCGAGCCGAAGUCCACAGCACCCUGGACUCCUUCGCCUCCAGCCUGGCGCAGGCCAUCGCCGCCGAUGCGAAGUUCAGCAUUUUCGGCGACGCCUCCCGUCUCGACGGCGUCACCGACCCCGGCGUAGCAACGCUCGGCAGCCUCCUGUCAGAUCUGUGUCCAAGCGCGAGCGGGCGGCAGGGAGACGACGACGACGACGACGACGACGACGCCAUCGACGACAGCGGCAGCGGCGGCGGCAGCGGCGGCGUCGGCGGCAGUGGAGCGGAGUGUCCGUUUCUACCGCGCUGUUCCACCCCGGCACUGCUCGUGCCCGAGUACCCGCACCUGCCAGGCAGCGUGAUCGCGGUGGGGCCCGGCUCCGUGCACGGGUGCCGGCGCGGCAGUCGGACUUCGGUGGGGCAGAGGCCGCGUCUCGAAAGCAUCGACGAGGGCAUUGUGAACGACGGAUGCAACGAGGAAGAGUUCUAGGGCUCGGUGGUUUAUCGCCGUCGUUAUUUUCUGACGUGCGGAGGGCACCGGUAGGGCAACCUGUCUGCCAAAUGGCGAGUGAAAUUAAGGAGAGGUAAAAAUACUGGAGGAGCUGCCCGUGAAGUCGAGGUUUCCAUUCCAUUGCCUAGAGAAUAACGGGGGAUUGGAACAUGUCGCAGGAAGAGAAUUGGUGUAAAGAAAAUGUAUUUGAACUGAAAGAUGGGGCAUUGUACAGCUUUUGAGAAGACGACAGAAGCAAGCAAUGACCUCCAAUGCCUUUACUGUUUAAAGUGACCUGGCACAUUACCCCCACGGCAACUGGCAGUCUAUGCUUUGUUGCGCAAACUUUCCACAUCAGAUUAUAGGGUCGGUUACAGCCCAUAAGAUGGGCUGGGCUGCCCAAGACUGGAUUUGUUGAAAUUUUGGGGGAAUAUUUUACUUGAACACAAAAAAGUGCCCUUAAAGUUAACCUUGCAGCCUGCCGACAUUUAAUAGCAACCUACCAUGGCUUUGCAUUCAGCACUUAAUGCCAGUCGGAACAGUCCAGAACGCUGCUCCGGGAAUUCUUGUGGCACGCCACAUCUACCUCGUCCUUGAUUGUCCUCACGAUGCCACGGUGAUGUGCGUGAUAUGUGUGAAAAGUGCUUCGGGUUGCCAAAUGUCCUCAAGGGAUCAGUACUUAAAUGUCAUUUCCUUGUUUUUAAGAUAAAGAAUCUUCAACAAGGACACACAUUUGUCAGUGACGUCAAAUGUGACGUCGAUUCCCGUGACACACAUGUGAUGUCAGUAAAGUCUCGUUCCGAAGAAUUUAGAAUGAGAAAUUAAGCCGUGGCUAUAUGCAAAUCCGUUAGAUUUGCAAUCUGUAUCGGAGUCGCCAUGAUUGUAACGUGACAGCCUAUCGUGUCAUCAAAACGAUACUGACCCACUUCCGUGUACUAAAGCUGGACUCGUUUAGGAAUUCCAGUGUAAAGUUCGAGGCGCUCCAACCAAACCUCGUGUACUUUGAGCCUUGGAAAGGUUUAUGUUUAUAAACCAUUCGUUUUUCUCAGCAGUAGGACACUCAACAGAAGUAAGUCAUAUUUCGGUAGAUACUACAGAAAAUGUCAAGUAGAAUGCUUGCGUUUUGAGUAAAUUUAAAGUUAUCGUGCCCAUUUUUAAUGCACCGGUGUCGGGACAGCAGAGAUAAUGUGCUCUGAAGUGUCUCCAUAUAAAACAUGUUCAUGCCAAUUCAACACGACACUUAACUAAAAAUACAUUUCAUGUAAACAGUGCGGAUGUUUAUGUAAACUGUUGAUAGUUUUACUGAAAUAGUUUUUGCACAACGAAAUGUUGGUGUAUAAACAUUCUCAGACAGAAAAGAAGUGUACGGGCAAGUUUUCUCUUUCAUACGUGUGAUUUGACACGUUUUUUUAAAAGCGCAAAGGACGGUAUGAGGAUAAAAGUAUUGUUAUAAUAUUGGUUUCUGAAAACUGGGUUUGGUCAACGAUUGAUCUCCACAUGUUUUCAGCAGUCUAGUUCACAACAAACCAGCAAAACAUUAUCUCGUGCCUGGUGCUAACGUCAGUGUUUAUGGGCCGAACUCGCGGGAUGUAUUGAAAAUAUUUAUGAUAAAAAGUCGCACAGUUUCCGUUUUCACAUUGAAAACAUUUGUCAACUCCCGUGCACUGUUGUUGAGUCUAUGUUUUGUUUAGACGGCAGUGCAAACAUAGUUUGGGUGAUUGAAACUAUUGCAGGUACAGUACCGUUUAAGUAAAAAGUUCAGUCACGUGCUCAUUGUUAAGCAACCAUUUCAUAUAUUUAUUUUCUCCAUAUAGAAGUGCAGUACAUUACGGUGGUUGCGUAUUUAGUUCGUUUUUUUAUAUAAUUCCAUUGACAACAGUGUUGGCAGUGUCUGCAAACGUUUUGUAAUAUAACUGCAUCAGUGAAAACUGUAUUUUAAGCAUUUUAAAGAUUGUUGUGUUUUGGAAGAUCAAAUUCCUUUUUCUUUUCAGUAUUUAAAAAUUCUUAAGAUACCUUAAGAUGCUCAAACAAUUAUAACGUUGCUCAGAAUCAUAAUCGUUAUUUAUGCUGGAGAAAUCCAAUGAGCUAUGAGACUCUUUUUCACAGACAUCCAGUGGGGGCGGGUAAAAAAGUUACAAAAACAAACAAAAUAAAAAAACACAAUCGGAUGCCAAAUAGAAAGCAGAAUAGUUCGAGACCUAUCUCUGGCUGCCAUUAAGAGUGUCAUCAAGCAAACCAACUUAUGCCUUUUAUUCCCUUCUCUGUUGCCAUUGCCCUUUGCCAAUGAAAUUUGCUUAGCCGCCUGUACAACUUGUUGCCUCCGCCAGUCAACCUUUAUCCAAGGCGUGGUCACGAAUUCUCCUAUGCUGUGCUCGGCGUCUGGAACCACCUUUCCCUCCUCUGCCCCUUUUGGCAUCACUCAACCCCAUGUUCCAGACCUUCAUCUGCAUACGACUAACUGCCCUCGCUUUUCACGUCUUUCGAAGCCAUUCUCUUACUGUGCUGCAGCCUUCAUCUCACCAUUGUCUCUUAUCUCCCUACCAAUGCUUUCUCUCACCUUUAUCUAGAAUGUGUCCUCUCGAGGGCAUCUCGAGAGCUCCCUCUCGUUGUGGCCCUUCUGCCUGCAGCGGCAUGAGCAAGACAUUGCAGGGCUACAGCUUCACCGGUGGUGUUUUGUUUUACUUCUUUACAUUCUUUGACCGGAUCAUCUUGGAAGCUAAGCUGGCCUUGGCCUGUAUAAUGGUCGAAUGUGCGACUACUUUGUAUUACAAGUGUCAUAGGAUGCCAAGGUUGUGCUGCGUUGAGGGCAAUGCAGCAAAAUCCAAUGUACAGUAUUGUACAUCCAUGCUCCCACGUCUAUGCACAAUAUGGCCAAAACACUCCCAUGACUCCCGUUGUAUGGGGUGGCCCUCAUCCAGAAGUGUAUUGACAAAGGGCUGUGCGUGUACUCCUUUACGGAAACAUGACUUGUUGCAUUAUGUAACUGUGUAAAUUAACUGUUGUUUUCCUUCCCUGGCUGGUAGCAGAAGAGUGAAGGCGUUGAAAGGUUGAAGGCAGUUUCUUGAGUGCCCAACAUUGUCAGCUGCAACCUCCAAACAGUUUAUUUUGAAGCCCGGCAUCUGUGUGGGCUGAAGGUACUAAACGUGCAUUGUGUUACCGGAAGUCGAGUAGCAACACCUUGCCAACAUAAUUAUGGUGAACAUCGCAUAUCAGACUCACGAAAUGUUGGUUCAGUACGAAUAGGUAAAACCAGACAAAAAUAAAGCGAAGACUGCGCUCAGCGUGGGGAAAUGCUUCGGCUGUGCUUCAUACGUCAGCAAAUGUAUGCGAGGUUUAAGGACACAUCACUGCAUGCGAAUGGUCGGAUUUGUGAACAUCUGUGGAAAAUGACAGUCGCAACCUUGCACAAAUACCUGCACUGGGUGUGGGUGAUUAAGUGGUCGGUGUGGAUGUGACAUACUGUAAUCAGAAAACCGGUGCAGUGUUUUAAAUGUCAUUGUUUUGACUCAUCCUUGGCAUUUGUAAUACUGGCUGUUGUUGUGACAAGUGUAGAUGGUCCAACAAUGUUUGGUUGCCUCUUUAAAAAAAUGCGGUUUACUUUGGCGAUUGGAUUAUGCCAUGGUUCACAGCAUCGUGGUCUUAAAGAAAUGUUAUCAAUUGCAGUACCGUGCUGUUGUAUGGCAUGCCAUAUGUUAUCUUCAGACACCACUACUCUAUAAUCAUGGGUGGUCCAAAUAUAUAAAUGUGCUGUUUACGUAUUCCUUCCAUUCACAGUCAUUAUAUUCAAGCACCGUAUAUAUUUGAGUUGGUAAUUGUUUUGUAUGCACUUGAGGGAAAAGUGUUAUUGGCAGCUACUGAGAGAGUAUUUUGAAAACCCACUACCAGGAAAACGAUUUUAUCAAGGUUAGGAUUUAUAUCAGUGUAUCAGCAAUAGCGUGUAGGAUAAAAAUAUAUAUAUUAUUUUAUCCAUGGCUGCGUUUAUAUAUUCCAGACUUGUUAACGUUAUUUCAAAACCUCCUGCUGUACAUACUUGUUGUCAUGUAAUGUUUUGUCCUGUAUAUUGUUUGAGUUUUAUAGCCUUUUUACUAUGUUUUGCUUAAUAAACGGACAAGAGUCA